AUGACUUGGAAUCCUGCUUGUCUAGUGAUGAUCAUAAUAGAGAAGUGGAAGUUUCUACAAGCUUAUGGUACUUCAAAAUAUGAAUGCAUUUUGGAGCGGGCUUUGGUUGUGGCAUAUGUGAGUAGCUUUGCUGAUAAGGAUGGAAAAGUUUGGCAAGGUGGGGGAGGACGAAAUCCUCUACCCGAAGCACUUCAUCUCAUUGUAACCACCCCAGAGAUAGAGGCUUUUUGGCCCAAGUCGCCGAUGAAGAAGAAGCAGCAGAAGCAGUCUGCAUCUAUCUCUCUGGCAACAAGCAAUUCCACCAACCAAAGGUCUGCCGAAAAUUCAAGAACAAUCAUCAAAAAAAGAGAAGUUUCCAGCAGUGUUUAUUUUUUAUGUUUUAACCAGAAAAAUUAG